AUGGCUGGCCGCUAUGCCAGCCUCCCGCCGCCCACGCGCGACUCCCUCGAGCUCGCCUCGCUGGCCUCGUCCUCGCACCCCUCGCGCCGCUCCUCGCAGGACUCGUCCGCCUCGCCCGCCUCGCCCGCCCCGUCCUCGCGCAGACUGUCGCUCGACGACCAAGACCCCCUGUUCGACCCCGCCGACCGCCACGCCGACGCCCGUCGCCCGCGACACAACCGCUCCUACAGCCUCUCCUCGGCCUUUGACUUUGCGCCCAACCUCUUCCCGCUCUCGAGCACCGCCCAGGGCUACACCGCCCUCGGCGCCCCCUCGAAUCCCGCCCUCGACCCCGCCGCCGCCCUCAACCCCGCCGCCCUCGAGAAGAACAAGAGCCUGACCUACCUCAACGGCCUCUCGCUCGUCAUCGGCCUCAUCAUCGGCAGCGGCAUCUUCUCCUCGCCCUCGCAGGUCAACAAGAACGCCGGCUCCCCGGGCGCCUCGCUCGUCAUCUGGGCCCUCGCCGGCGUCCUGGCCUGGACCGGCGCCGCCAGCUAUGCAGAGCUCGGCGGCGCCAUCCCCUUGAACGGCGGCGCCCAGGUCUACCUCUCCACCAUCUUUGGCGAGUGGGCCGGCUUCCUCUUCACCUGGUGCGCCGUCACCGUCCUCAAGCCCGGCUCCGCUGCCAUCAUCGCCAUCAUCUUCGGCGAGUACCUCGUGCGCGCUGCCGUGGGCCCAGACCCCGACGACGCCAGCCCAUGGCUCAACAAGGCCAUUGCCCUGGCCGGCCUCGUCCUCGUCACCGCCCUGAACUGCGUCUCCACCAAGCUCGGCACCCGCAGCGCAGACGUCUUCAUGUUCCUCAAGUUUCUCGCCCUCCUCGGCGUCUUCGUCAUCGGCCUCGUCGUCGCCGCAACCGGCCUCUCCUACAACGGCGACCCCAACCAGGACUGGAAGAAGCAGGGCUGGUUCGACAACACCUCGCACAGCAUCACCAACUGGGCCGUUGCCCUGUACGCCGGCCUGUGGGCUUUUGACGGCUGGGACAACGUAAACUACGUGACCGCCGAGUUCAAGAACCCCGCCCGCGACCUCCCCCGCGUCAUCCACACCUCCCUCCCCCUCGUCAUCCUCUGCUACAUCCUCGCAAACGUCUCCUACUUCCUCGUCCUCCCCACCACCGUCAUCGAGUCCUCCAACACCGUCGCCGUCGCCUUUGGCGCCCAGGUCUUCGGUCCCGUCGGCGCCCUCGUCCUCGCCUUGUUCGUGUCGGGCUCCUGUUUCGGCGCCCUCAACGCCACCACCUUCACGAGCGGACGCCUCGUCUACGCAGCCGGGAAGGAAGGCUACCUGCCCGCCCUCUUCGGCUCCAUCGGCCUGGGCGAAAGCCACCGCGCCAUACGUCUCAACGCGCAGACCACCGCGGCCAGCAGAGUGCCCAAGAAGAUGCUCCACUGGUUCGCCGACCCGGACGCCGGCUUCUUCUUCACCCCCAUCAGCGCCAUGCUGCUCAACGCCGCCAUCACCGCCGUCUACAUCCUCGUCGGCUCCUUCGACACCCUCGUCACCUUCUACGGCGUCGCCGGCUACACCUUCUACUUCCAGACCGUCCUCGGCCUCAUCGUGCUGCGCGUGCGCGAGCCCGAUCUCGAGCGGCCCUACAAAACCUGGAUCACCACGCCCAUCAUCUUCUGCUGCGUGAGCCUGUUCCUGCUCAGCCGCGCCGUCUUCGCAGAGCCCGUGCAGACGCUGCUCGUCGUCGCCUUCAUGGCCGUCGGCCUCGCCGUCUGGUUCGCCUGGGUCGGCCGCCGCCGCGGCAAAGAGCGCCACCGCUUCCGGAACAGCGAGCGCACCGAGAAGAGCCCGGCCUGGAUGUUCUGGAAGCGUUGGACGGGCUGA